AUGGAGGACGCAUUAUCCAAGAUACGUCCUCACACAACCUCGAACUUGGCCCAUCAAAAAGCACCAGCUGUCUUACUGCAAGCCCUAGAGUCUACUUUGCAAGAUCGGGAGACCGACAAGACAUCUACAGCUUAUUUUGCUACACUUCUUACAACGCUGGAUGGAACAUUACAAAAGAAAGACAUAUCCUUGGGUGAAGGUGAUGUUUUGCCUGCAGAACUUUAUCUGUUGGCUCUAGUGACUCCUUUCGUCCCUUCACCGGUCUUGCGAUCAAAUCUCAACACUCUGUUAUCUCUGACCGCCCCACUUUUCCCUUCUCUCCUUGCUCAUGCACCGUCGUUACGUUCGCAAUUGUCGAUCUACAAUGUAAUAUUUCGAUCACUCGAGCGGUCACAGCUGGACAUUCAAGGUGUCCGGCAAUCAUUCGCAUCUGUAUUGCAGCUUUGCAUGGAUCCGCGACCAAAAGUGCGGAAAAAAGCAGCGGAUGUUGUCAAAGAUGUCCUUUCCAACCCUCCUAGCCCUAUGGCACGCCACCCUUACGCUGAUAGAGUAGCCGAAUGGGUUAGAAAUGCUCUAAGGGAGGCAAGCUCGGGUGCCCUCUCAAAAUCCAAAGUAACUGGCAAAACUCCAGAAACAUCUGCCGCGGAGUCUGCCAUCCAUAUUCUUGCCUUUUUGCGCCCAGUUCUACUCAAGCUUCCCGCUUCUACACUACCGUCCAUCACUACUCUUCUUCUGACACUCCCUAGACUUGGAAAUCCAUAUCUAUCUCAAUCCGCGUACUCUAUCCUUUCUGAGCUUUUUUCUGCUCCAACCACGGAUGAGCCCAACAACGUCGUAGAUCAAAUACCUGACGUAUUGAAGGCCGUUUUGGCUUCCAUCCCUUCAAAAUCUGAUGUUGCACUAUGUCCUUCGUGGCUGCAAGUUUUAGGACACGCGAUGCUGGCUUAUAGUGGCGCGGACUCUCAAGCUUCGGCCACUGAACUACCGCUCGUAUGGAAAACAGUCUGGUCUUUCCUUGAGUCGGACAAACCACAGAUCAGGAAAGCAGCAGCGGAAUCGCUUACCAUGAUGUCAGAGUGUAUAACCACGGAUAUGGUGGCAAUUGCCAUUGAAGGUCGAGGUACUACAAAAAUACAAUCAACAUUACUAGAGGAAAUCAUAUCGCAAACUAUGAAAGCGCUAGGUUCCCUUGCCUUUUCUCGUGCUAUACCAGAACUCCUGGUUAUCAUUUCUGCUCUUAUAACGCGUCUGCGGUUCAGACAGGGGUCCCGUCAGUCUCCCACCGCUGCCGAACUUCUUUUGAUACCUUUGAUACAAAAGGUUGGGGAGCUCCGAACACAGAAAGCUUUUGAGCACAAGGAAGCAGCAGACGCCACAUUGGCCACAGCUAUGCGUCACAUAGGACCCGCAGUCUUGCUCACUGUUCUUCCGUUGAACUUAGAACCGGCUGACCGACAAGCAGGGCAAGAACCGCGCGCUUUUCUCCUUCCCAUGCUUCCACAACCCCAUGUUUCUCCCUUGGGCCACUUCGUGUCUUACUUCGUCCCAUUAAGCGAACGCAUGUUCAACUUACAACAGGAGGCCGAGAUGGAAGACAGACAAGCAGAGGCAAAAGUGUGGAGCGUACUUGUUUCACAAAUUUGGUCCGGUUUGGCUGGCUACUGUCACGCUACAGUCGACUUGAAAGAGUCCUUCACUUCUGCUUUCUGUCAACUACUAUCACAGCUCCUAUACGGCCAACCAGAACUUCGACCGGCUAUUCUAAAGGCUCUCAAAGUCAUCGUGGAAUCAAAUGUAUCGCUAGCAUCCAAAGCCGAUAGUGAAAUGGAUGGAGCUUCCGAAGAAGUCACAUCGAUUAGUCCGGCCGAGGCCGCACAGAAUGUAGUAUUCCUCAAAAGUCAAGCCGAGAGCUGGUUCGCCGUAUUGUUCAAUAUCUUUAGUAGUGCAGAUCGAGAUGGCCGUGGAAUAGUUGGUGAUGUUAUCAGUGCCUGGGCUGGGAUAGCUGAUGAACAGGAAAUUGCAAAAGCAUAUAACAAGGUCCUCGAGCUUUUCAAGCAAAAUCUUGCCAAUGCACAAAGUGCCCCUGCUUCGCAAGGUGGUGGGAGUAUAACUGCCAUGACGCAGGACCUUCUUAUACUGCUGCUCCCUCAUCUAUCAGAAGUAGACGCUACUUCUCUUUUCCAGACCUGCCUUUCCAAAGAUAUUUUGAGCAACAAGGAUAAUGGUGUACAGAAACGUGGAUACAAGACUCUUGCCAAGCUAUUGAGCAGUGGUAAGGUGCCCGUUGAAGUACAAUCGACAUUAUCUCGACUGGACGAAUUGGCGGAAGGUCUUUUGGCUGCUGCUAAGAAGGAUCGCUUCAACCUGCUCUCACUGCUGGUUCGAGAGAUACCUCCUGAAGCGAUGCACAUCAUCCCGUCCCUCAUCUCUGAAGCUGUCUUGGGUACUAAGGAGGCUUCGGAGAAGGCACGAACCGCUGCUUUUGAACUUAUCGUAGUCAUGGGUAAGAAAAUGAAUGAGGGUGGUGUCGUAAGAAGAAACAUGAUGGAUGGCAUGGACGAAGACGGAGAAAGCGAAGGCGAAGCUCAAGCUAGCGUGAAUGAAUAUAUGACGAUGAUUGCUGGAGGUCUCGCGGGUGCUACUCCCCACAUGAUCAGCGCAACUGUCACUGCCAUAUCACGCCUUGUAUUCGAAUUCAGAGACACCAUCAACGAUGGGAUGCAGAUCGAAAUAUUUACUACACUGCUGGCUUUCCUAUCUUCAACUAACCGCGAAAUUGUCAAGUCCACUCUUGGUUACAUCAAACUUGCUAUACAUUCGCUGUCUUCAGACCUUUUGCGGCCUUUCCUGAAAGAUUUGGUCCCUGCGUUGCUCGCUUGGUCUCACGACCAUAAAAACCAUUUCAAGGCAAAAGUACGGCAUAUUUUCGAGAGAAUGCUCCGGCGAUUUGGGUGGAAUGAUGUAUACAGAUAUGCUGGAGAAGACCAGGCGUCCAAAGUGUUGGUCAACAUCAAGAAACGUAAAGAGAGGGCGAAGAGAAAGAAGGCUCGUGACGAGGAGGAUGAAGAUGAAGAGAUCCCAAAAGGGAAAGCAGCCACUGGCGAUGCAUUCGAAGACGUUUUGUAUGGCAGCGAAAGUGAAAUUGACGAUAGUGACGACGAUGAGCGGACAUCACGUCCGAAUGCUGCUGCUAAACGCAAAGCUGAUCACGGUGUAAGGCUCCGAGUAGAUGAUGAUGAGCCGAUGGAUCUUCUCCAGGGAGCUGCAGCACGUCUUACGAGUGCCAACGCUAAUCGACGCCGCAAACCAGGACAAGAUGCCGCUCGUUUUAACACAGACAAGGAAUCAGGGAAAAUGUUAAUAGAGGAAGAAGACUCAGACUCAGAUAUUGAAGUCAGUGCUCGUAAGGCUGCAGGAGAUAUUGCUGGGAAUGCAUACCGAGAAAGUUUGACUUCCGUGGACGGUUUUGUUCGCGGAGCUGGCGGUCGCGUCAAGUUCAACAAGGAUACAAAGAAACGUCGACGAGAACAAGAAGCUGAGGAAGACGUUGAAAUGGUGGAUGUUGACGCCGGAAAAGGCAAGAAGAGCAAAAAACGAUCAGAGGUUAAAUUUGGACACGAAUUCAAAGCAAAGAGGGCUGGUGGUGAUGUUAAAAAAGGUGGCGUUGAUCCUUACGCGUAUCUGCCAUUAAACCAAGCUGCCAAGAAAAAAUCUCAUGGUAAGGAACGUCUUGGAAUAGCUACUAGAAAAUGAGCAUCGCAAGGGUCGCUAUUACGAUGUACGAUGGUUGUCACAAAAAACCAGCUUGUAUUUUUGUAGGUGCAUAGCACUAUAGAUCAUGUAUCAUCUGGUGAAAAAAACGGUUUGCGACAUAGCUAAAAGCCAUCCUUAUCCAUACAGCGUUUGAUCGUGUGAUGCUCCAAAUAGUCCCUUCUUCCAACUACUAGGCUGUUUCCAACUUGAUAUAUAUCGGUCAGCGCCCAGCACCUUUGCGACUACGGCAGCCAAAAGGUGGGCAUCAUCCCUAUUGUCACCUUCCAUAACAUAAUGUAAGAGGCAAAUGGUUGGAAUCGACCACGAAGCUGGGAUAGAUGAUAACAGCCGCCUGCCCAAACCGCCACCUGGUAUGAACGGCACGCUACUUUGAUUGGGAUUUGCUUGAGUAGGUUGGGUCAA